UCGUUAUCAGACAAGCGAGUCCAGCAGUCGUUGCGUUCUGUUCCUCAGCAAAAAUAAAACCGUGCAAGUAGCCUAGUGUGAAUCCAAGAAAUCUACAACCACAACAGCCGACAGCCAAAGGGAAAUCGAAUUCGAAAUCGAGUCAUCGAGCCAAGUAAUUAAUCCACGAAAGUAAUCUCCAAAAAGUCAAACCGCCCUCGAAAAAAUACCAAGAAAAGAAAAACUCUCUCGCACGAAGCGGCAAUCGCGUCCUGAGAUUUUUGUCACCGUGUGUUUUUGGCAACCAACGCGUUCAAGUGCAAUCAACAACAAUCCACAAAAAAUAAAUCCGAAACAGGAGCAGGACAUUUGUCGCGCUGUCUAACGUUGAGCUUUAGUAGUGUUUAAAACCAGAUUCAAUAAAACAAAAACAAAACAAAUAUUAAGAAAUACUGACAAAACAAAAACCGAAACUAGAGCUUCUUAAAAAGUUGUGAAAGAACCUACGAAACAGGGAAAAUCCGCUACGGCAGACAGCUACAGAGAUAAACAGCCAGCGAAUUCAUAGAGCCAAGAUCAGCCAGCCAGCCGAUCUUAGCCCAUCGAGCCGACGCACAUAAGUCGGCCCACACACACCCAUUUCCUGUCGAAGGUGUUGCUAUAAAACCCAUCAAGAUUUCACACUUUGGAGUAAAUCUGUUCUACGUGAAGCAGCCAGCGGAGUUAUUUCAGCAGCCGCCGCUUCCGCAGGCGACAAUUAAAGCGAUUAGUCCGCCCGUGACCGCCGUCGCAGCGCCGCCGCCGCCGCCGCAGUCGACGUUUACGCCGCUGUCGACGACAGCAGCCGCCACAAUUCCAACAAAGAAGCUAGUUAUGGUGACGAGAACGAAGAAAAUCUUUGUGGGCGGCCUCUCGGCGCCCACCACACUGGAGGAUGUCAAAAGUUACUUCGAACAGUUUGGUCCGAUCGAGGAUGCCAUGUUGAUGUUUGAUAAGCAGACCAAUCGGCACAGAGGUUUUGGCUUCGUUACAUUUCAAAGCGAAGAUGUGGUAGACAAAGUUUGCGAAAUUCAUUUCCACGAGAUAAACAACAAAAUGGUCGAGUGCAAGAAGGCGCAGCCGAAGGAGGUGAUGCUGCCGGCCAAUCUGGCCAAGACGCGGGCUGCCGGUCGCUCUGCAUACGAUAACAUCAUGUGGGGACUGGGGACAUUGCCCGAAGGUUUUCCGGCAGCUGCCUAUGCUGCCUAUGCCGCUGGUCGCGGGUAUUCGGGCUAUCCCAGUUUUGGACUGCCCUAUCCAACUGUUGAUCUAACCAAUGGGCAGCUGACACCCAACAACAAUACACCGCUGCUGACCCAGGCGCUGUCAGUGAUGAACAACUAUCAGGCGGCUGCUGCGGCCGCCCACAGCUAUGGACCGUCGGCAUCGCCGCAUGCCGCCGCCGCCAACACGGCCACCCGGCAGGGAUUCCCGUCGACCAACUCGCCUGGCCCAACCAUCGACAUGUACAGCUCGGCGGCCGCCGACAAUGUGGGCUACGUGCAGGCCACCAGUCCGCAGCCGUCCGGCUUCCCCAUCGCCGUCAGCCGAGCCCCGUUGAACUACAGCCCGGGACCACUAAUUCCUGCGGCAUUUACAAAUGGAUACCAUUAAAAGGUGGCGCCGACAACCGCAAUGAAAACAACAAAAGCAACAACCACGAAGGCAGCAGCAGCAGCAAUAUUAACAACAGCAACAGCAACAGGAGCAACAAAUGCAACAGCAACUUUAGCAACAAAUGACAGACACACACUCACACAGACACACACUGCAGUGCUGCAACCACAGAGCGCAAAAGAGAAAAAAUAAUUUAAAAUUAUAUAUACCUGCAUAUAUAUAAAUAUAAAUCAAAUAAAGUACAUAUUACAUAUUUGUGUAUUCCACAAAUGGCAAAAUGAAAUCCGUUAAGCAAGAAAAACCGAGACAACUGCAAGAGCAACAAACAAUAAACCAAACACACAUAUUAUAAUUAAUUAAUUAACGUAUAUUACAAAUACGUACAUAUUAACGCAUGGCAAAAAAAGAAAAAAAAAUAACUCGAAAAAGUAAAAAAAAUACGAUGAGGACGAACUACGAGUGAACACAAACAAAAAAUUAAUUUUAAUUUAACAACCACUACAACAACAUCGGCAAGAACAACGCUUGGCCCCGAAAGAUGCAACGUGUGCAGCAAAAAUCGUUUAAAAUGCAAAUUAAACGGAAACUGUGCGUCCAACUGGAGUGGAGUGCCAUCGCGGUGGGCGGCUGUGGCGGCGUGGGUGGGCGUGGCCCUACUCACACAGCAAAAAAAUCGGAGGCCUCCGCCCACCCACUCCACGCCCACCGCCCACGGAUGACAACCAGGCCAAAGGGGGCGUAACCACUUUUAAGUAAUGAGAAACCAACAAACGAAAGCAAAAACAAAAAAAAGGAAAUCACAAAAAAAACGAGGGGGUUACUAAUAAAACGAUAGAGUUGAAAAAAGAUAAAGCAAAAAUGUUGCAAUAAUAGCGAAAAUGUUAUUAUUUAAUUGCGUAUUAUUAAAGGCAAAUUAUUAUUACCAUUAUUAUUGCUAUUCUUAACGUAUCUAAGUUGUAACUUUAAAAGUUAAAAUCGAUAUAUAUAUAUACACAUAUAUAUACAAGAAUAUACACUCUUAUACACAUAAAGUAAACUGCAAUAUAUACAAAGGGAAUUACUUGAAUCAAAACGCGGAAUCCAACCACAAGUUAUUGUACUUUCAACGAUAAUCGAUUUAAGAAAACGAGUUUGAAAAUGUUAAAAAUCGGUUGGGCUUAGUUUUCAUUUCUCGACUGGGUUGGGGAUGAACCAAAUCAAAAUUGUGCUUACAGUUAUAUUUAUGAAUUUAUUUUAAAGUACAACAAAUCCUUUAUUGGCCAAAGUAAACAACAAAGAACAAAAACAAAAGCGAAUGUGAGCAAAAGUCGAAGGCAAUUUGUUAUUAACUAUGUUGAAGUUCUCUUUCUCAUUAUUUCAAUCGAAUCAGGGGAACGUAGAGGAAAAACCUAUAACUUUUGUGUUCACAUUGAAAGCAAAAUGGUAAAUAAUGCUAAUUAAACAGUGGAUAGUUAGACAAAUAUGUUAAAGCAUUAAAUAUGACAAUGAAAGCGAAGUGAGAGAGUGAAUUUCCGUAGCUCGAGGCAUAAAUCAAUUUAUUUGCUAAAAACAAUGGAGAAUCCAGAACAAUGAAAGCUGCAAAAAGCAAAGAGCAACUCCCUAAAUAUGUAAGAAACACACAAUUUUUGAGAUACAACAAGAUACACCCACAUACACCUAAAGACAAACACAAAGACACACACAGACAGGACACAGGACACAUGACACAGAUCUUACGAUAAAUCAAAAAGAAACACUUAAACAAAUUACGUGGUAAGAGCAUAUGCAAAUAUAACAAUGAACUAUUAUACAUACAACAUAUAGUACGAUUAAGUAAAUAAAAUAUUUAUAAAACAAACGCGCAAAAUCGCAAAUGUUUAAACACUUAACUAAAUAUAUCUGUAAACAAGCGUGUAAAAAGGAUCACAGAUGAGCCACAAAAAUGGAAGUGGAAAAUUGGAAAUGAAAAUGGAAAAGGAAGGAAAUGAAGUCGAUGAAAUGCAGGCCACGCAAUGUGCAAUUAAUUUUUUUCUAGUCGCUCCGUCCGGCAAAUCGCCCGGACGAUGGAUGUACUAGACAUAUUUGAGGAUUAUGACGAUAACGACGACGAUGCAAUCGGGGGCGUAAUAGAAAAAUAUAUUUAUAUACAACUAUAUGGAGUAUUAAAUUAUUGGAAAAGCAAAACCAAACAAAACAAAACAAAACCUAUCAGCUAGAUAAGUAAACGACAUUUGUUACACACAGCAAGUGGGGGAAAAUUGCAAGCCACACAAAAACCAGAGAAAACCAAAAUAGCAGAGAGAAGGAAAUAUUCUAUAAUUGACAGAACAACAAUACGUUGCGCUUUUUGUCUGUCUGAGAUUUUUUGCAUUAGGCGACGUAAAACCCAGGAAAAAGCAUACAACUAAAACAAAAGCAAAAGCAGAGACAGCAGAACAGAGAAAAGCCAGUGGAAAAACAAAAGCAAAUGCCGAAACAGUGAAAAUGUUCCUUUCAUAACUUUUUUGCCAAAUUGUCAAACCAACGCUCUCCAGGACUUUUGUCGAGUCUCGGACCAACAAACUUACACAUUACCUAUAAAGUAGAGGGAAAUCGCGGGAACCGAAACCAAAAGCCGAAAAAAAACAUAUACGAUAUUUAAAGACGGACAAGAAAUAGUUGCAGUGUAACAUAACUACAUUUAACGUUUAAAGUGUUGAACCCCCACACUCCGAUCAUUUCAGAUUUUCCAAAGAUCGCGUCUAGCGACUUUGCCAUGUGCAUCACAUUUAUAAAUAAUCAAAAAACAAAAAUCAGAAGGUAACAAAUUAAGGAAGUGAAAAGACGGAAAUCUUCAAUUUUAGAUAGACAAAGAUCAGACCAUUGGACAGUCUGGCAUAUCGGGAGUUUGGACGGAAGUGGACCUUUACCAGGUGUGGAUUACUUUAGGAGGUCAGAGGUCAUUGGGGAGAAUUCCAGAUGCAGCUUCUUCCCCGCGGGGCAGAUAUUUUUAAACGGGAAGGCUAGCGAAGGGCAGCGACGGCAAACAUGUUAUAUUUGCAUGAUAUAUAUAUAUAUAUUAAACCUACGUCUAAGGCAUAUAUAAAUAUAUAAAUAAAUAUAUUUUUAAGACAUGUUCUAAAAGCAAUAAUUCAAAACAACAACAAGCGCGGCGGAAGCAGAAGUAAAUUGAACAAAACCAGAAAAGGAAUACAUAAAAUAUACACCAAUAUAUAAAUAUACAUAAAGAUAUAUACACCUACACGUAAAUAUAUAUACAUGCAUACCAGAUAUAUAUUAAAGAAAGCGAUUAGCUGAAACGCCAGGCAGACCCUCGACUGUCUAAGUCUGAGUCUGGAUAAAUCAUUUCGCAGGCAGCUAAGCCUGUAUUGCUACACUUCUUUAACUAGGGCCCCGAUCCAUGAUCAGUGGGCCGGCAAUCGUUUGUACUCGUAUUAUUUGUGGUGUAGGUGGACGAGGGAUGAUAGAUAAUCGAUAAUCCGAGGAUCCCAGGUCCGAUUACGUUGUAAGUCGAUGCAGCUUUAGGUGUAAUGUUGAGUCUUUCCUAGAAGUUUCCCCAGCAUUUCCCCGCUUACGAUCGACUCUAGGCUUUCUGUUUGUGUUUUGUAGUGCUCUAUUCUAUAUUCUGUAAGGAUCUUCUGCGGAAGCUAUAGCCGAUCAAUGACAUAUAACUACUAUUGGUAUACCGGAUCAACUUCAGCCUAAUGAAUACCGAAGCAACAAGCAAUGCGUCCUUGUAACAAAAUCAAUUUCAGUCAAUUAGAGAAUUUCCAACACCAACAAAGCACAGAGACAUAAAGACAACAACAAGAAACAAGAACAUUUUUUAGAAACCAAAAAAUAAGCGAACAAACAAAGACAAAGACAUAACAAAAAACAAACAUUUUUCAUUAUUUUUUUACUGAUGCGCCGUCGAAGCAAAGGGAGUCCAGGAUGAGAUCGCAGCAGCUUGACGGCGCAGGCGCAAAAGCUUUAAAUUGAACAAAAUAUAAAUAAAACGAA